CAGCUACCCUCAUGUUGAUGGGCGGCUCCGACGUUUGUUUUCAUUUUCCAUCGGCGUAAAGGCCCAAGGAUUAGGGGAGUGAAUCCAGACUCAGUGCCACAAUGUCUUCAAAAGCAGAAGCAGAGUUCAUCUAUGAAGAUUUUGUUCUGCAUACUGCUCCAGAGAAGUUUUUCAUUGAACCUCUUCAGGCUCCAAAUGAAGUUCUGGUGAUCGACCGAGUAUCGCGGGACAUCGCUCUCCACAAUGGCAUCACGGUGCCGCCGAUCGCCAGCCGCCAGCGCAUCUGCGGCCUGCUGGGCACUGUGCGGCUGCUCUCCGGCCCCUACCUGGUGGCCAUCACGCGCAAGGCGCGCGUCGGCGAGCUCAACAAGUGCACCAUCUGGCGCGUGGAGCACACCGAGAUCAUUCCGUUCUCGCGCACCACCACGCACCUGACUGAGGCGCAGGAGCGGUUCAACACCCAGUAUGUCAACAUGCUGGAGAUGGUGCUGCGCCAGCCGCACUUCUACUUUUCCUACACAUACGACAUCACGCAGACCAUCCAGCGACUGCACAACACCACGCCCGAGUUUUUGCAGAUCCCGCUACACGAGCGGGCCGACCCGCGCUUCGUCUGGAACAGCCACCUGCUGCGCGACCUGGCGGCGCGGCCCGGGCUCGGCCGCUUCUGUCUGCCCGUCGUCCACGGCUUCGUCUCCAUCAAACAGUGCAGCCUGAAUGGACACCCGUUCAGCUGGUCGUUGGUGUCACGUCGCAACUGCUCCCGCGCCGGCACCAGGAUGUUCAUGCGAGGAAUCGACUCGGGCGGCAACGUGGCCAACAUGGUGGAAACGGAGCAGAUCGUCGAGUUCCAGGGCGACAAAAACUCAUUCGUGCAGACGCGCGGCUCCAUCCCGCUGUUCUGGUCCCAGUACCCGAACCUGCGCUACAAGCCGACGCCCACGCUCUCGGAGCGCGACAACCACCAGGAGGCGUGCACGCGCCACUUCGACGCCCAGCUCUUCAACUACGGCAAACAAGUGGUCAUCAACCUGAUCGACCAGAAGGGCGCCGAGAAGAAGCUGGGCGAGUCGAUGUCGUCGCACAUCCGCCAGCUCAACACGCCCAACGUGCGGUACGAGGCGUUCGACUUCCACCACGAGUGUCGCCACAUGCGCUGGGACCGGCUCUCCAUCCUGAUGGACCGCAUCGCCGAGGAGCAGGAGGAGAUGGGCUAUUUCCUGAUGACGAGGGACGGCGUUCUGGCGCGCAUGCAGGACGGUGUGUUCCGCACCAACUGCAUCGACUGCCUGGACCGCACCAACGUGGUGCAGAGCAUGAUCGCACACCGGCAGCUGCAGCAGGCGCUCCAGCGCCUAUCGAUCCUGCGGGAGGACCAGCGGCUGGAGGAGCACUCGGGCUUCGAGUUCCUCUACAAGAACGUGUGGGCCGACAACGCCGACAUGAUCUCCAUCCAGUACUCGGGUACGCCGGCGCUCAAGACCGACUUCACGCGCACCGGCCAGCGCACAAAGCUGGGCCUGGUCCGCGAUGGCUACAACUCGCUCUGUCGCUACGUCAAGAACAACUUCAAGGACGGCUUCCGUCAGGACUCGAUCGACCUCUUCCUGGGAAACUACCAGGUGGAGGAGGACGAGGGCACGGCGCGGCCGUCGCCUCUGGCCGGCGAGACCGACUGGAGGUUCACUGUUCUGCUCGCGAUCCUGCUCGGCAGCGUCUUCAUGUUCCUCACCACCGUCCUAGUGCCAUCUGGUGAGUACAAACCAAACUGGCAGGUCGCACGUGUGUCGCUAGGGCCAAGAAUGAAUG